CCAGAAAACAGGCGGCCCACAGAAACAGGAACAGCUGCCACAGGACAGAAGCAAAACCCCAGAUAGGACAGCCUCACCGUGUCCCGCAGGACACGCCCCCCUAUUAUAAGGCUUGUCUUCAAACUUUGCUCAGAUAGAUGAACGAGGGGUUUUAUCUUUGAUCCCACAAAAAGCGCACUGGAAGAUUAUGGCGGACGAAACAGACCAAAGGGGCCCGGCUGAAGAGCAAGGGAAGGAUAAACAGGAUCCUGAGGAGGGUGUUCUGCCCAGGGGAAAAUGGGCCAACAACAUGGAGUUUAUUCUCUCCAUGGCUGGAGAAAUAAUUGGCCUUGGAAAUGUUUGGCGUUUCCCAUAUCUGUGCUAUAAAAAUGGAGGAGGUGUGUUUCUCAUCCCCUACUGUGUAUUCCUCUUCUGCUGUGGCAUCCCUGUUUUCUUCUUGGAGACUGCGCUGGGCCAGUACACCAGUGAGGGUGGGGUUACCGCCUGGAGGAAAAUAUGCCCCAUGUUCGAGGGGGUAGGGAUUGCAUCCCAAGUGAUUGUGAUCUAUUUAAACAUCUAUUACAUUGUGGUUUUGGCUUGGGCUAUCUUCUACCUAAUAAACUCCUUCAAGAGCCCCCUGCCGUGGUCUACAUGUGACAACUUGUGGAACACUGAUUUAUGUUUUAGUCGAGCAGGCUUCUUUGCCAACCCUGAGCUUUUUCAUAAAGAGUCCAACUGGUCAUUUCUCCACAACUUCUCCUCAAUUGGCGACUUUAAGAGCUACGACAACUUCAGUGAAACUUUACUGACAAUCAGCUCACCAGAAGAGGAGUUCUGGGAAAACCGAGUGUUGAGAAUGUCAAAUGACAUGUCCUUGGGUAAAGUGCACUGGGACCUGGCUCUGUGUCUCCUAUUUGCCUGGGUGAUAUGUUACUUCUGCAUCUGGAAGGGAAUCAAAACCACUGGAAAGGUCGUUUACUUCACUGCUACAUUCCCAUACCUGAUGCUGUUCAUCCUCUUCAUCCGUGGAGUGACACUCCCAGGAGCUGUAGAGGGCCUCAAGUAUUACCUCAAACCUGACUUCAGCAAGCUUGCUGAUCCAGAUGUGUGGCGCGAUGCGGGGACUCAGGUCUUCUUUUCCUACGCUGUGUGCCAAGGAGUCUUAACAGCUCUGGGAAGCUACAACAAGUACAACAAUAACUGCUACAAGGAUUGUUUGGCACUGUGCUGUCUGAAUAGUGCAACUAGUAUCUUUGCUGGCUUUGCCGUCUUUUCAGUAAUUGGAUUCAUGGCCCAAGACCUCAACAUUCCCAUAACCGAAGUUACUGCCAGUGGUCCUGGUCUGGCCUUCAUCGCCUAUCCCAAAGCUUUGUCACUGCUUCCCGGUUCAUCAUUCUGGGCCGUGCUCUUCUUCCUGAUGAUUCUGUUCCUGGGUCUUGAUAGUCAGUUUGUGUGCAUGGAGAGCCUGGCCACAGCCAUCACAGACCUGUUUCCAAGUCGUCUGAGGAGACCAGGUGCCAGGGAGAUCCUGGUCCUGGUCAUUGCUGUUGUUUGCUUCCUAUUGGGGCUGCCGUUUGUGACAGAAGGAGGGAUAACUCUCUUCCAGCUUGUUGACACAUUUGGUCCUAGCGGAACCAGCCUCCUCAUCAUUGCUUGUUCAGAGACUAUUGUUGUUUCCUGGAUUUAUGAAUUUUACAUUGAUGAUGAUCUCAAAGCUUCCUAUACAGCAGCUGACCUGGGUGCGGAUCGUUUCUAUGAUAACAUUGAGGACAUGAUUGGGUACAGACCAUCCCCUGUUCUAAAGUACUGCUGGAUGUUUGUGACCCCACUCAUCUGUGUGCUUACGAUGCUCUAUAACUUGACAAAAGAAAACCCAAUCAGUGAGCAUGGAACAUCAGCUUCUGCAAUAGCCGGUCUACUUAUUGCCACUCCACUGAUAUGCAUCCCAGCAUUUAUAUUCAUCACUCUGUACAGGGAUCCAAGCAACAUGACCACACCAUCUAAAGACCUACGACAGAUUUCCCCAGAUAAGCCAGUUUUGACGAUGUACAACCUCGUCAUUUUACAAGCGCAGCAGCAGCCAAACAGAAAUGUGGACGAAAGAAACAUGAAGAUGAUGAUGGAGGAACGGAGAGUCGUUUGAUGUUAGUUUAUGAUUAUGAGUAUGUAUUUCAUAAUAAAAUGUGUCAAUGUUAUAUGAAUGUGUACUUGUUUGAAGGCAAUUUGUCUGCCUUUAAAUGAUACAUUUACCUUACUAUUUUUGUAUCCCAUUAGCUUUUACUAUAACCCUACAGAAAUUAAUUAAACCAUAAGCAUAAUUCUUUAGAUGUGUGGUUGUGUGGUUUUUAAUCACACUUCUUAUGUGCAAUUGUAAGGCAGGUAUAACAUUGUUCACAAUAUUUCCUAUUGAGGUGUAUUCAGACUGGUAGCUCACACCAGUGUCAUGUCCAAAAUCAAGAAAUAGAAGAGUCUGAAAAAAAAGACAAGUACAAGCCAAGUGUAGACACAAAUGAAAGAUACGGAAGAGUGAUAAUUUUACGUUUGAAAUUGUGGCAUCAGUACACAAAAUGGUCACCCAUGGGAAUAGUGAUAAUAGAGCAAAUCUUCAGCUCCAAUCUGAGUUCAUACAGACAAGAUUUCUAUGAUGAUUUAUCCAUUGAGGAGGAGGAAGUCAGCAGACAUAUUUUCUGAGUAGCUUAGAGCCCUAAAGAACCAGCACCUUUCCCAGGGAUUUUACACAAAAAUAUUGGCAGCAUUUGGAAAUAUGUUAUAGUUUCUGAUCCUGUUCUGACCAGCAUAGUUACUCUGAUGCAGAUGAGCAUAAGCUCUUCCAUUUUUCACCAAAAUAAUCUACAUUAUAUCAGCUAGUGAUUCAGGCAAUGCCCUUGUUUGACCUGAGCAAUGUGGCUCAUGGCCCAGAGUAGCAUUUUGUCAGGGGGCAGCUUGAGUGCCUGUGGAAACAAAUGUCUGUCAGCUGCACCCUAAAUGGAUUUUCUAUUGAUUUCAUUUGUUCUUUAUAUUCAAGCACUGUAAUAAAAUAAGGCCAAAGACUGUCUUUAGUUAGUGGGGUUAAAGUUUGAGAUUUGUAUUUGGUGCAAAAUUAAAAGACCAUUUAACUGUUUAGAGGAAUCUCGGCCUCAUUUUAUACUUUCUAGUUCAAAACUGAUCAAGGUUAGACUGCUUGAACCUCAAUUGGAAUAUUCUCCACUCAGCAAGAUCGUUUUAAACAGCUCAAACCUUUGAUCUUUUUGUGGAAAUACAAAGACAGUAUUUUUAAUGAUUUUUGCCAUCGGUACAACAUCAGAUUGAGACAGGUGUGAAAACCACACUAUAUAGACUAAUUAAACCUGGACUGAAUGGCUGUGCUUUGAUUAGAGAUUCUUGAAAACAGAUUUUUGCUACUUGAAACCAGGCUACAGAACAAAGGGCUUGCCUAGGGCGACAUUUACGCAAGCACUACCACUGCAUGCAGUAAAAACUGCAUGUCUAAUUUUUCUCCACCUAGUCAUUCAGUGUUUUACGUAUGAUGGUUUGACUACAUAGUGGACAUUAUAAGUAGCAGUCCGAUUAUCAUUCUGAUGAUCUGGUCUGUCUGGCCACUAAAACCCUGUGAGUCUUUCUGAUAUCUGGCCCUACAGGUUAUAUAAAUAGAUAUAUAUAUAUAGUGAUACAUAUGUAUAUAUAUAUAUAUAUAUAUAUAUGUGUGUGUGUUUAAUCUGGUAAAUUUAUAAUCUCUUCAGUAUUGAAAGCAUUUGUUAAUAUUCCAGGUUAAUGUGAGGUUAAAAAAAACGUUUAGACCAUGAUAAAUAACUUCAAAACAUUUCCUUCAUAUAAUGUGAAUCUUUGGUUCCACUGAUUAACAAAUACAUCUGUUUCAAAGAAAAAAAUACUAAAUGUAUUGCCACUAAUGUCUCACUGAGGAUUGUUUGGUAUUCUUUUGGUGCUGCACUGUCUUAAUGUUAAUAUUUGGAAUUGUUUCUGCAAAACUGACGUAAAAUUUAAUCAGACCAUGACACAUUCCCAGGUUUUGGGAAGUUUUAAUUUGGUCGGGCUGUAUUGUGCUGUAGUGGAGAACCAAGAAUUGGAACUAGAUUGAAAAACAUACUGUGGAGAGGUGAUCAAUAGAACAAGGAACGGGUGUGAGACUAAUCAGGAGAGUGAGAGCAGCUGAGUGAGGACAGUCAAAUUAUAUAAUGGCAAAACAGAAAGUGAACACACUAAGACCCAACACUAACAAUCACAAAACAGAAUACAAAUUGACAUGAGAAAGCAUCAAUUACAAAGAAAAAAGAAGACAGGAAAAUUCAGAAACAGGAGAGACAGAAAACAGGAAAUAUAGAGAACACAGAAAGGAAAGGACAUGCCUGAAGGCAGAAACUCAAAAGCUCUAAAAUGGGUUGUCAAACUUUACUGCGUAGGGCCAGUAUUCUGUAACCUUUGAAUGUGUCCCAUAUUCAACACACCACAAUUACAUUGCUCAAUUCCCUCCGCAGCAUGCCAACCAGCUCUGUAGAGGCCUGGUAACAAGCCAUUCAUUUGAUUCAGGUGUAUUGGAGAAGGGAUGCAUCCAAAAAUACAGAAUAGUAGUCCUCCUUGGUCUAGACAUAUGGAGAAUACAGGAGAUUGUCUUUAAAUGUAGAACACAACCAGUCCUGGCUGGCACAUGCAUACAUACAUAUAUACAUACAAUUAUGUGUGUAUGUAGCUGUGGAACCUUUUGUACCCUUGCCUUGACUGACAGUUUUGUAUAGUGAGAUCCUGCUUAAUCCUUGAUAUAUUUCUGCAAACCAUGGUUUCAGCUAAAGGAUGGAAAUGUGGAAACAUUUCUAAAACUAGGACAACUGAACAUUACUUUACGGUAAUGCAAUUCACAAUAAUUGAAGACGUGUGAAGUCCACAAGGAUGAAAGCUACAUUUAAAAAAAAAAAAAAAAAAGAUUCCCCAACAAAGUAUCAGUUUCUAGGUGUGCGCAUUUAUGCAACCAGGAUAUUGCAGCUAUUUUUAUUUUUUUAUAUUUUCCACCAAAAAGAUAAGUUCAUUAUUCUGUUGAAUUGUGCAGAAUGUGCAAAAAGUUUAAAAAUUAUUUGUCCUUGUGUUUUUUUUAUCUCAUAAAACAUAGCAUUUUAAGAGGGUUUGUAUUUAAAAGGAAUGCAGAAAAAUGUAAUUAACUUUAUAUACUCGAUUAAAGGAAUCAAUAUGUCCAAUAUCCUGUUACUGUAUUUCCCUGGUUCUGUGCUCAUUGAUUUCUUUACCACAGAGGAUAAAUAAAUAGAACCAACAUAUCUGUUCUGUUUAGUUUUGUAAAUCCACUCCUGUCACACGUGUGCUUCUGUUCUAUAGUUUCAUUUAGGUUUGAAUAGGAAUCCCAACAUUUCUUCUGAUGCUUUUGCAAAACAGUAAAUCCUCUGACUUUAAAGAUGAACUUAUUCUAAGGUAAUGCCAAACGCAGCCAUCUGUGUGAUCCAAACUGGCGUUCGAUUAACAGAUAAUUCCACUCGGCUGUCUUCCCUCUCUCAUCACGUUUUGAUCUCACCACUGUGCCUCAGAUGACACAAAGUGAUUUUCUGUGCUGGUAAACAUGUUAAUCUACCAAUGAAUCAGUGGAGUUGCUCAUGUUAAUUAGAGAAUGAAAAUCAACAAGAAGUUGCUGGUGCCAUUAAAUGCUACCCAAAUCACAGAGUUCUUAAAAAUAAAAUAACAUAAGUUAAUUCUUGUAUGGUACCACCAACUAUAUAAUCUGAUGAAAAAACCCUGUAUUUAUAAUUAGUAUCUCUAAUGAUAAUCCUUUACAUAAUCAGGCACCAUUUGGUGUAAAGAUCUAGACUCACUGGAAUGGAAAAUCUCAAACCUUGGCAUGGGUACCGACCCUCUAAUUUUGUAUAUCGGCUUUGUUCUGUUUCUGGUUAUGGAGCAGCCGGAGCCAAUCUCAGCAGCCAAUCCUCAUUUGUUACAUCUCUUUUUUGCCAUCUUUGAGAUGUUUGCCCCUAUUCCAGGCGUUAGAUGGCUUUAAAGAAACUUGAAUAUUUAACUGAGGAGUAAACAAUGUUGAGUUUUGAAUGUAAACAACACUUCCAUUGACAUAUUGUAACAGAAUCAGAAAACACCAGAAGUAAAAGCAGAAAUCAUGGAAAGAGCCUUGCAAAAGUAUUCAUACCCUUAAACGUUUUUAAAAUAUUUUGUCAUGUAUUUUAUUGUAAUUGAAACACUAUUGUGCACUAUGCACUAUUAUUGUUAAACACUAAUUCGUGCAUUGUUAUAAAGUGGAAGGUAAAUUAUACUUUGUUUUCACAAUAUUUAACAAAAAUCUGAAAAGUGUGGUGCAUUUUGCCCCCCGAGUCAGAAAUUUGUAGAACCACUUUUCACUGCAAGGCAUUUGGGAUGUGUCUCCAUUGGCUUGGAAUGCCAUGGAUUCUCAAUUACUUAGACUUUGACUAGGACAUUCUUACUUCACUUUGUCUAUUUAGGUUUUUGUCAUUUAACAGAGAAACAGAUAAACAAUGACACAAAGAAAUUACAAUGAUGCUCCUUUAUAGAAGGAGGAAAUCAGAAAAGGCAUCCUGCAAAAUCUUAUUUUAACCUUCCAAUCAAAUGUGUGCCAUAUGUAAUUAUUAAUACCUUAAUGGCAACUAAUACUUAGGUCUUCCUAUUCUCCAUCCUCAAUUAUAUUGUUUGACUUCAUCUCUCAUUUUUGUUUUAUAUUUAAGGUGUUAUCUGACAUAUCCGCUUGUAUCCUCCAAUAAGUGUCACAAUCCACUUGUGUUUAUGUUUUGAUUUUUAUCUGGGUUUUCAUUUGGAUUAUUUUAUUGUUAGGUCUUGCAUUAUGCAGUUCACUUCCGUUUUAAUGGUUAGAUGUUGCCUUCUUAUUCUUUGUGCUUUGUGUCUUAGUUCCAUGUGUAUUUUAGUUUAUUUGACCCCUUCUCCGCUCUUCUCUAUUCUUCUGUCUCUAUUCUUUCUCUCAAUGCUCUGCCUUUUCCAUGACUCAGCUGUAACUCAGUCCUCUAAUUAGUUCUUCUGGUUUGCUUGCCAUUUCUCUACCCCUGCCAAAGUGUAUACAUAUUUACUGUUUUGUUUUUUUCUCUCCAAUGGUUCCCUCCAGUACUAUGCCUGUUGUUUCCUUGUGGUUCAGUCCAGUCCUCUGUCCAUGCUCUGAGCUCUGUUCCCAUUGUGCCAGUCUGUAAGUUUUUGUAUUUUUAUUUUUUUCAUUAAACCAUUUCAACUCACAA